AAAUACUGAAAAUACAAACAGAUGCAAUGCACUCACUUAAUGGCGGACCGAUUACGUGAUUCUAAGCAUGGCCGCGCGCAGUACUUUGACGUCACUGGCCAAUAAACCCGUGUAUAGAAUACUCUUUUACGAGGGGUGGAAGGAGGCAACAUAAUCUAACAACGUCAUGAUGUGGUAUUAAUUACGUCAGUAGGUCCUAAUGAAGCGGCCCUGAACCGGAGUUGUGGUCCUUGGCCGUCCUGAACGGGGACGAUAAUCCAUAACCGGCCUCGGUGGCGCAGUGGUUAAGCCAUCAGACUACAGGCACAGGGAUCGCAGCCCGGUACCGGCUUCAACCCAGAGCGAGUUCUUAAGGGAUCAAUAGGUGUUGGCUGCAGCGAAUAUUGGUCUUGGAGCUUGGAUUAUCCUAACAACCUCAGCCAUUUCUCCACUGAUCCGUUUCUCCGAAGACAAGACGGUUCUCGGCGUUAACACAGCUUCCUUUCUUGAGAUAGCGGCCUAUCUGGCCAUAGGUUGUGGCGUUUUCCUAUUUGUAGUGUCUGUUAUGGGAUGCUGUACUGCUAAAUGUGUCUCAAACACCAAAGGCUGUUUCUAUGCAUAUAUUGCUCUAAUGAUAAUAAUUGUGGGGGUGCAGUGUGCUACAGUCGGACUGGCAAUACAUUACAAAUCAUCGUUUAAGGAGCACGGCGAGGAUUAUAUGACUAAGACUCUCACUGCGGGAUACGUUGGACCAUUUAAAGAAGACAGUGACAUAUCAAUGGCAUGGGAUGCAGCACAAAUUUUACUUAGAUGUUGUGCUGUGUCAGGUCAAGAUGACUACAGAAUGCUAAGUCGAUGGGACACAAGAUGGAAGACAGAAACCGCAGUAAUCCCUUCCUCGUGCUGCAAGAUUACCAGCAUAAAAAAGACAAUGGAGAUGAUCUUCAAGGACAUGGCAAAAGACAUCAUGGAGUUUCUUAAAGAUCCAACUUGUCCCGUGUCGCGAUCAGAGAGUCACACAAAGGGUUGCUUUGAUGCUAUAACGGAGGCCAUUAACCAGUAUGUGUUGUGCGUAAUUGCAGUUGGCGUUGCCUUGAUUGUCCUUGAGUUGAUUGCUAUGGCUGCUUCUUGUUUCCUCUUCCCGAAAGUACAAAAGUCUCCAGAGAAUGCUUACAAAAUGAGAAGAAGGAAACACUGACUUCAGCAAUACACUUGGAUAUCCUUAAUAAUUGAAGAUUCGUAGUUGUAUGAAGACAACCAGUAAUGGAGAAGAUUCCCCUGUGAAGAUUGCCAGCUAUUCAAUAAGCAGGGUUUUGUGUCUCACCUUUAAAAUAUCACCACGUCUACGAUCAGACUACCGAUGCUUAUUUGCAUAAAUAAUCGACCAAACAUAACAUUUGAGUGGCAGUCAUCAGUCAUAAUGAACAAAACCAAACUCUCAUUAGUUAACUUCAGCACACCUUGUUUUGUGUGCUCAGUGUUUGAUGUUUAUUAUUAAUAUUUAUUAAUUAAUCUGUUUAUUUUGUUUUAUACGCAUGUCUACUCUUGUUCAACCUGUAUUUCAUGUCCAAAGCAACCAUUUUUGCUGGGGGAAAAAAUUGUCUCCAGAAAUUAGACAAACACUAAAUCUGGAUUCAACCAAUUUGGAUUAGUUACCAGUGCUUAUUGGUCGGUGUGAUAGAUUGUGGGUUGUUACGUUACUGGCGUGUAACGUGUCGUACUUUGUAUUGGACUAUACAGAAUAGGAUUUCUUACACAUCUGUUGUAGAGGUUGUUUGUAUGCCAAUCACCCACAGAAUUAAGUCUUAUAUAAAGCUUAUGGACGAAGAACGAUAUGCCUGUCAUGGGCAGAACUCUCUGGCGAAGUCAGAAGUUGUGCCCACGACAGGUGUGCUUGACAGUUCUCUGAUGGAAGCAGUUACCCACUCACAAAACGAUACGUUUUAUACUCACCAGACAUAAAACAAUGUUUACAGAGUCUCGCGUCUGUUUGUGUAAUCAAUUCUAGAAAAAAUCCUAAACAAGCAAGAUGGAAUAUGAUUAUUAUUAUUUUAUUUUUGUAAAUUUAAUUCCUUAAGGUGAGAACAUCUAGAGAAAUAUUAAAAAACAUUUUAUAUUCUUUCUGUAGAAACGGUGUAGGUUAGCCCGCAGGGAGACAGACAGAGAGAGAGGCUAUUUCAUAGGGUUUUUUCCGAAUACGAAAUCUACAAUUUUUGAAGUAUAGCAAUUUGGUGAAAUGUUCUGUUCACCCAGAGAUAGCAUGUCUGUUGUAAUAUUAAUUAGUGGAGAGAAUAUGAUGUAAACAAUUACACGAGGUGCUUUGUGAUAUUGUAAAAUAUAUGUUUAAUAAUGGGCAUCAACCAUGAUGUUAUAAUAUAAUUAGUGGACAAUGUGAUGUAAACACGAGGUGCUUUGUGAUAUUGUAAAAUAUAUGUGUUUAAUAAUGGCAUCAACCAUGAUGUUAUAAUAUAAUUAGUGAAGAAUAUGAUGUAAACAAUUUCAAAAGGCACUUUAACUUUGUAAUAUUGUAAUUAUGUGUGUUUGGCAAUGGGCUUCAGCCAGGAUGUUAUUUAGGGUGGUGAUUUACAAACACACUCUAUGUGCUUAUAUUUCAGCAGGCGCGGAUCCAGGGGUCUCAACCCCUUUUCAUAAAAAAUAAUAGUUUUCCCCUCUUAUUUUAAAGAGCAUUCACCGCUAACAUACAACUCCCAUUUAAGUAAAUAUAUGUCCGCGCCUGUUCAGUAGUUUUUAAAUUAUAGUAUUAUUUGUAUUACAAUGUUUUUAUUUGACCUUAGAUAUUGUUACAUUGAUAUUUAAUUCAUUUUCUUUCAAUCAGUCAUUGUAUAAGUGUAAAAUGUAUAUUAGUAUUAACUGACAAACAAAACCCAAUGUCCAUAUAAUAUUAUAUAAAUGAGGUUUUCUUCGGUUCUAUCAAAAACCGCUAAAUUACACAUUAAAUAAAAGUUAUUAUACCCCAGCGGUCACUCAUACCAGGGAACAUAUGUUCCAUAUUUUCUCAGUGACAUACAAUACUAUUGGACCAUUUGACGCUUACAAACCAGUGACCUGUCGGUACUAAAUAUGACGUCAUCACGAUUUGGCAAACACACAAAAUCUGCCGCCCAUUGGCAGAACCUAGUAACUCACAUUUUCAUCAAAAUUAAAGCGGCAGUAUCCGGAAUAUUUUUAUUAUUUAAGCAUAUAGAACAGAAAAUCCAAUUACGUUUGGUGCAUAUAUGACGCCGCACUCAGCACUGGUUCAAUCUAAUU